AUGGCCGGCCGUAUUCUCGCUCUCGCAACGCUCAUCCCCCUCGCAUUUGGUUUCCAGGACACGUAUCCCAUCGUAGCAUGGUCUUCUCAUAAGUCGAGGGCUUUGGACGCGCUGCCCGCUUCUCGCUCAUCACAUUCCAACGUUGUAUACGAGAAUAUACUUCUUCAAGACGAUGUCUGCGAGCAUGAUGCUGUAGUGCUUAUUGACCAGCCAGGGCUUCACGCCUCGGACCUUCGUUCACUCUCCUCGUCAUCUCCCCUCAGCUCUAUCCUCUCUCGCUCAGCAUCUUCUGUUCAACUUCCAUAUGUCCGCCAAUCAUCUGGCUCUGCAUCUGUACACGACAUCGCAGACCUUCUCUCCGAACGAUGUGGCUCAAAGGUCCUGAACUUCAUGCCGGGACAGGGUUCUAUCGAGGAUGCGGAGAAGGACAAGAAACAUGUAAUGUGUAUGUCGAACCCUCGAUUGGACGGAAUGGCAGGACAUAGGAAGGGAUUCUUCGCCGAACUGGAGUCGACCAUCGUCCACGACCUUGAAUCCCUCGCCUCUCUUUUCCCCAAACAUCUAAUCAUCUUCUCCGGCUCACCCUCUUCUCCCUUCGAGCGCCGUCAAUCUCCCGACUUCGAGGACCCACUCUCGGAAGAAGACUCCCUCUACGACGCACCCCUCCUCGAUACCACCACCUUCAUCCAAUCCAACGGCACCCUCCCCGAAGGCGGUAUCCUCAAGAGGUACCAGCUCCUCACGCCGGCACUGAUCACUUCGCUGUUAGUCGCGUUGUUCGUGCUUUUGCCGGUGGUGAUGUUUGGGGUUAGCGCGUUGGCGAGUAUCCAGAGCCCGUUGAGGACCGAGGCGCCGAAGGGAUUCAAUGCGCAGGAGAAGAAGAUGCAAUGAUUGGUAUGGUCGAGUCUGAGUCGAGUCGAAUCGAGGUGCUUGGGACUGGGCUUGGUGGAGAGGAGUCCAUUGUCUAAUGUCGAACAGCUGUAUCGUGGUAGCGGUUUUGGUCACGGCCCGCGAUUCGUGUUGUCGAGUGCUAAUUUCAUGCGGACAGUACCAGUACAAUGUCGGAAUGCAGGUUGGGCAAAUUGCUAUGGUCAACCAUCUAAACUAGUGCACCAA